AUGUCUAAUUCCAGUGGAUAUAAAUCAUCCAUGUCUGAUUUUGUAACUACAUGCUACAAAAAAAAUCCUACAGCAGCUUCAGCAUGUGGUCAAGUUGAAUCAAUUGAGCUGAGUGAAGAAGAAAAACAAGAAAUCAUACAGGUUCAUAAUGAUUUUCGUGCAAAAGUUGCAAGUGGAAAAGAAUCACGUGGAAAUGGUGCAGGCAAACAACCUGCCGGAGAUAUUCCACCACUUACUUGGGAUGAUUCUAUAGCAGAAGUUGCACAACGAUGGGCAAGUCAAUGUAAUUUCGAUCAUGAUAAAUGUAGAAAUACCGAGACAGAACAAGCAGGCCAAAAUAUUGCCAGUAAAUCAGAUUCAAAUGGAUACGAUUCAAGCAUGACUGAUCUCAUUACAAUGUGGUAUGAUGAAGUCAAAAAAUUUAAUCCGCAAGAUGUUUACAGCUAUAAAUUUGAUGUAAAUACUGGUCAUUAUUCACAACUUGUUUGGGGAAAAACAACUCAUAUUGGUUGUGGUGUUGCUAAAUAUAUAAAAGGUGGAUGGUAUUCUACGUAUUUAGUUUGCAACUACGGUCCAUCAGGUAACUGGAUUGGCGAACCUGUCUAUCAAACUGUUUAA